AUGCGAAGGGAUGUCCGUAUUCUUCUAGUCGGCGACGAGGGCGUAGGGAAGAGCACAAUCGUCACCUCCCUCAUCAAAGAGUCCUUCGUGCCCCAUGUCCAGCAUAUCGUGCCCGAGGUCACAAUCCCGCCAGAAGUCACCCCGGAGAACGUCACCACGUACAUUGUCGACUCGGGAGCCGGCCCCCAAGACCGCGUCCGCCUCGAAUCCGAAAUCCGCAAAGCCCACGUCAUCUGCGUCGUCUACUCCAUCGACAACCCCGGCUCCUUCGACCGCAUCCCGACCUAUUGGCUGCCGCAUUUUAGACAGUUGGGUGUGAAUGUCCCAGUCAUCCUAGUAGGCAACAAAAUCGACCUGCGCGGGGGAGAAGUUACCAAUGAGGCGCUCGAAGAUGAGAUUGUGCCGAUUAUGAAUGAGUUCAAGGAAGUCGAAACAUGCGUCGAAUGCUCCGCCAAGCUGCCCCUCAACGUAUCCGAAGUCUUCUACUUUGCGCAAAAGGCGGUGUUGCAUCCUACGGCGCCGCUGUAUGAUUCGCGAGAGCAUGUCCUGAAACCGGCGUGUAUAGCAGCGCUCAAACGGAUUUUCAAGCUUUGUGAUACGAAUAAAGAUGGGAUUUUGGAUGCGGCGGAGCUUAAUGAGUUUCAGCGCAAAUGCUUCGACGCCCCGCUCCAACAACAAGAACUCGAAGGGAUCCGAGCAAUGGUCUCCGAGCACGCCUCGGGCGGCGUCCGUGCAGGCGGCCUCACCGAAUCAGGCUUCCUCUAUCUUCAUACGAUAUUCAUACAGAGGGGGAGGUUGGAGACGACGUGGACGGUGUUGAGGAAGUUUGGGUAUGGGGAGGAUUUGAGGUUGAGUGAGGGGUUUUUGUUGCCUAAGUUCGAUGUGCCGGCGGAUUGUUCAGUCGAGCUGAGUCCGCUCGGGUAUAAAUUCUUCACGGACAUUUUCGAAGUGUUCGACAAGGAUCAAGAUGGCGCGCUGAAAGAGUCGGAGUUGGAGCAGGUGUUCAGUACGUCGCCUGGUAACCCGUGGGCUGCGCAAAAGUUCCCGGACACGACGUUAUCGGAUGAGACGGGUGCUGUGACGCUACAAGGCUGGCUCGCGCAAUGGAGCAUGACGACGCUGCUAGACCACAAAACGACACUCGCCUACCUCGCGCAUUUAGGCUAUCCAACGGAACCGCGAACGUCGGCGUUGCAGAUUACGCGCGCGCGUAAACUUGAUCGGCGGAAAGGGCGCGUGCAGCGGAAUGUGUUUUUGUGUUAUGUGUGUGGUGCGGCGGGGGCAGGGAAGACGGCGCUCUUGAGGGCGUUUGCUGGGAAGGGGUUUAAGGAGGAGUAUGAGCCUACGAAGAAGGUGGUUUGUGCGGUUAAUGCUGUGGAUAUUGGGGGGCAGGAGAAGUAUCUUGUUUUGCAGGAGUUUGGGUCGAGGUAUGAACCCGAGACACUGCGCAACUCGAAAAAGAUGGAUUUGACGGAUGUGAUUGUGUAUGUGCACGACUCGAGCGAUACGAAUUCGUUCUCGUAUAUCAGCAAUCUACGCCAACAAUAUAGUUUGGACCAUAUACCUACGCUGUUUGUGGCGACGAAAUCGGAUCUUGAUUUGGCGCUUCAGAGACAUGAGGUGCAGCCGGAUGUGUAUUGCAGGCGGUUGGGGCUGCAGGUGCCUGUGGCUGUGAGUGUGAAGACGGGGCAGACGGCGGACGUGUUCCAUCAGAUAUGCAGCAUUGCUAUGAACCCAAUGAGUGCGAUACCAGGAGGCGCCGAUCGCGCGAUGACGGCUGCCGCGAGGCUGCGGAUGUAUGUCUCUGUGACGGCGAUUUUGGGCGGGUGCACGGCUGGGCUGGUGAUGCUUGUGAGGACGCUCAUGAGACCUGGUGGGCCCGGGCUGCCUAGCUGGACACCGGCGUGGGCGACGUGGCUCCUGGGAGGCAGUAGACGAUAG